CAAGAUCCAUCUCAACAACUGUCUUUACAAAAUCCGGCAUCCUGCAGUGGUGCCGGAUAUGCUCAUCAGAAUGGACCCGCAUUUUGGACUAGUAUUGCCGUUAACUCAUCUUCUAAGCUUAAUAAUCAACAGGUUCCUCAUAGUCCAGUCUCGUCCUUGUCUAGCAUCGAGGAAGAUGAAGUUAUCCCCAAGAAAUCAUUUGAAGAUUUUUCGGGAAGAGCGGCAAGUUAUUCUUCGGAACGGUCAAAUAGCAGUUCACCACUUCAUUCAUCUUCAUCGGGACCUUCUGACUCGUCAAUGAUCUUUUCGUCAUCGAUGAUGAACGUGGAGCAGUCGCUUCCAAAUAUUUAUGCGCAAAACCAACUUACAGAAAAUCAGAAAGAACUUGAAGCACAGCAGCAACAGCUGAUCUCUUUGGAACAGCAGCAGCGUUUAGAACAGCAAUAUUUUCAGCAGCAUAUUCAACAACCUCAUAUCGUUUUUAGAACUGAAAUUGGUCCCAAUUUCGAAGAACGAAAAUUUCAAUAUCAAGGUCACCAAAUUCCAGAAAAUGGAACCUAUGAAAUCGAGCUCGAAAAAGAAGAUUGUUCUAAACGACAGCAAAAACCCCAAUCUGCAAUUAUUGAAUCUCUUAAGGAUAGUAAAUAUCAUAAUGAUAGAAAAUAUGAUCCGCCAGAUUCGAAGCAUCCCAUUUUUAUUGAAUCCAGUUCCAAAAAAUCGACACCGGGAUCAUUAAGAUGUCCGGAAACUCCAACGAAAAGAAUGAAAACGGAAUGUUCGAAACAUACUAAAUGUGGAUUAAACAAUGAUUUAAUAAAUGAUG